AUCAGUAGUGACGCUCGUCCCGUUGCCAUCGCAUCUCACAUCACCGAUAGAUCGUGAACAAACAUCGCUUAUAAGGGCGAACACAAGUUUUGAGAAUGGGUUUUCUCAACUGGGCAGUGAUUGGAGUUGCUCUUUUAGCGACGGCACAGUCAAGUGGAUAUGGCGGUCACAGUGGCGGCUAUGGUGGCGGCUAUGGUGGCGGCUAUGGCGGCGGUUACGGAAGAUACGGAGGAGGAUAUGGUGGCUACGGAGGUCAUGGCGGAGGAUAUGGAGGCUACGGAGGUUAUGGCGGAGGAUAUGGAGGCUACGGAGGUCACGGAGGUGGAUAUGGCGGUUACGGUCACAGCAGUCCACUAAUUAUAUAUUUGAAGGGCAGCAGUACGAAGAGCGAUACCCACACAAAAAGCAAAGGUUACAUACAUCAACUUAUUUCCCAACACCACUACUACCCACACUAUGGCGGCUAUGGCGGCGGCUAUGGCGGCUACGGCGGCUACGGCGGCGGCUAUGGCGGCUAUGGCGGCGGCUACGGUGGAGGCUACGGGGGCGGCUACGGCGGCGGCUACGGUGGCCGCUACGGUGGCGGCUAUGGCGGAGGCUAUGGCGGCGGCGGCGGCAGGUAUGGUAACCGUGGAUAUGGCAACAGUGGAUAUGGCAACUCCGGCUACGGCAACUCUGGAAAUGGCAACAGUGGAUAUGGCAAUGGAAACACGGGUUAUGGAGGCGUUAACAGCGGCAAUUCUGGAUACGGAAAUGUUAACACGGGUUCCGGAGGUACAACUGGCAAUACUGGUUAUGGCAAUUCCAACACAGGUUAUGGUAACACAAACACUGGCAACACUGGGUAUGCAAGCUCUGGACAGAAUACCUAUAGCAAUACUGGCAACACAGGUUUUAACAACGCAGGCGAUACAGGUUACAGCAACACCGGCAACACUGGAUAUAACAACAUUGGCAACACCGGCAACACUGGAUAUAACAACAUUGGCAACACCGGCAACACUGGUUACAGCAACACCGGCAACACUGGUUACGGCAACACCGGCAACACUGGUUCCAACAACAUUGGCAACACUGGUUACGGCAACACCGGCAACACUGGUUACGGCAACAAUGGUAACAACAAUGUGGGCUAUACUGGCUAAAAAUAGAUGUGAAGGAGCGAGUUGUCGUGCUAGCAAGAUACACAGACGUUCGCUAAAUAAUGUGAUAAUAUGGGUUUCAACAAAACUCCACGCAGAUGUGCAUUUGUUAAUGUUUUAGUAGUUAAUUUAAAGACAUCAUAAAGGUUUACAGAUUAGCUUUCUGUAUUUUUGUAAUGAUGAUUGUUGAGGUAAAAGUAAGGUGUCUGCAAUCGUUUCAAUGUUGAUAAUGUAGAAAUCCUCCUUUUUUACUUAUGAAGCAGUUUGAUGUUUAAAAGUUGUUUGUUCUAUGUAUGGAAAGCUAACAACGCUACACUAGUAUAAAGGCUUCUGAUGGUAUUUACUGUUAAACCUCGUUAGCCACCGUUUUGUUGAACAUUUGUACAUAAUUGCACUUAGUUGAAAAUUGUUUGUUGUAUACUAAGUGUUGUUAUCACGCGCAUGUAAAGCAUAAGCGUAAAAUCAUUUACAUGUUGUGCCAGUAUUGUUCAUGUUGUUUUAUCAGUAACAUAAAAUAGAUAAACAUUUUAUAACU